UUGAGAAAACAAUUACCCAGUAGAAGAUUCCUCUCAAUCCGAUUUAUCAAACAUGCUCAGCAUCAUCAUGGCCCACAAGACGGAAGUAAAAAAACUGAAGAGGAAUAAUGAAGAGAGCGGGAUAAGUAGGAUGAUUGUCUAGUGGAGUAAAGACAACAACAGGACGACUCGAGGACCAACAAGGGAAACGGAAUAAUGAUUGUGGUUUUUCUGCUCUGUGUCGUUGCAGGUAUGCCAGCAUCCGGUCAUAUUCUGGACGUGUGCGCCACCUGCCAUCCUGACGCCAAAUGUGACGACAAGCCAGACGGCCGUGGCAAAGUUUGUAACUGCAAGUAUGGAUUUGUAGGAAAUGGAAUAACAUUCUGUCAAGAUAAAGAUGAAUGCCAGAUAGGAGCCAUGAAGAUCUGUGGGCAGCACACAAAAUGCCACAACACAUAUGGCAGCUACGACUGUACCUGCCUUUCCGGCUACAACCCUUCAAACAACAUGAUCAUCUUCAUCCCAAAUGAUGGAACCCACUGCCAGGACAUUGAUGAGUGCAGGAUAACAGGGCUGUGUGGAGAUGGAGGUCGGUGCAGGAACCUGGAUGGCAGCUUUGAAUGCAGCUGUCAGGUGGGAUACCAAGUCGAAGAUGGAACAGAACCUUUUCAUCCUCACAGAGACAAGGCCUCCUGCAAAGUGGUUGACUGUGGCCAGCCUGCCUUGGUGGAGGACACAGUGCUGCUGUCGGCCACAGGGACCACAUAUGGCAGCGUAGCCACUUGGGUCUGUGAUGAAGGCUUCAUCUGGGGGAGUGGACACAACACCUCUGUGUGUGGAGCUGAUGGACUGUGGAGUGGACCAACUAUGGUUUGUGAAGAGGUGGACUGUGGCUCCCCCCCUGCUCGCCCUCACUCUCAAAUGCUGUGGAAUAAGAGCUCCAGGGUGGGCUCUGAGGUGGUUUAUCGGUGUAACUCUGGCUAUCAUAAUGUUGGAAAGGGAAAUGUCUCCAGUUGUACCGCUGCUGGACAGUGGGAAGAGCCGCUGGUGCUCUGCCAAGACAUUGAUGAGUGCAGGAUAACAGGGCUGUGUGGAGAUGGAGGUCGGUGCAGGAACCUGGAUGGCAGCUUUGAAUGCAGCUGUCAGGUGGGAUACCAAGUCGAAGAUGGAACUGAACCUUUUCAUCCUCACAGAGACAAGGCCUCCUGCAAAGUGGUUUACUGUGGCCAGCCUGCCUUGGUGGAGGACACAGUGCUGCUGUCGGCCACAGGGACCACAUAUGGCAGCGUUGCCACUUGGGUCUGUGAUGAAGGCUUCAUCUGGGGGAGUGGACACAACACCUCUGUGUGUGGAGCUGAUGGACUGUGGAGUGGACCAACUAUGGUUUGUGAAGAGGUGGACUGUGGCUCCCCCCCUGCUCGCCCUCACUCUCACAUGCUGUGGAAUAAGAGCUCCAGGGUGGGCUCUGAGGUGGUUUAUCGGUGUAACUCUGGCUAUCAUAAUGUUGGAAAGGGAAAUGUCUCCAGUUGUACCGCUGCUGGACAGUGGGAAGAGCCGCUGGUGCUCUGCCAAGAGACUUUGUGUGGAAGUCCUCCUCAAAGUGAAUCCACUGAGCACAUUUGGAACGGUAGCACAGCUCCUGGCAGCACUGUGCUAUAUUUCUGUAAAACAGGUUUUCUUACCAGAGGAGGACAUAGUAUAUCAGUCUGUAAAGAAAACGGUCAGUGGACAGCCCCGACUCUGGUAUGCCAAGAGAUAUUAUGUGGGGAUCCUCAUACAGUGCCCCACACGGGGCAAGUGAGGAAUGGCAGUUCCACCCCUGGAAGCCAUGUGACUUACUACUGUAAAAUAGGAUUUAAUCACAGUGAAGGAAACAAUGUGUCAUUUUGCACAAUUAACGGAUCCUGGACAAAACCAAACAUCUCAUGUAAAGAAGUUCGAUGUGGCCCACCCCCCUCCAUCCCUCACUCAACCAUACAGUGGGAUAAAAUUCCCACUGUGGGCUCUCAAGUUGUGUACCAGUGUAAAGCAGGAUAUCGCAGUGUUGGAGAUGGAAAUAUAUCAGUUUGUACUGCCAGAGGAGAAUGGGAUGAGGCAUCUCUGCUGUGUCAUGAAAUCAAUUGUCAAGAGCCUGUUCAUAAACCUCACUCUAAAACACUGUGGGAUGGCACAACGCACAUUGGCAGUGUGGUGUCUUACCAAUGUGAUGAAGGAUAUCAGAGCAGGAGCCUGAAUAACAACUCAGUAUGUGGAGAGAGUGGACUUUGGGAGGAUAUAGAUCUGUUGUGUGAAGAAAUAAGUUGCGGCCCCCCACUAAUCCACCCCCAUACUAACCUCGUGUGGGACCGCACCAGCAGGCCGGGCAGCGUGCUGUUGUAUGAGUGUAUGGAUGGAUUUUACCAGGAGAGUGGAAACAAUGUUUCAGUAUGUUCAUUAUCAGGAGAGUGGGGGGAAAUAUCUAUAAAGUGCCAAGCUAAAUGUGGCCCAGUUCCCUUCCUUGCCAACUCAGAGGUGGUGUGGCAUAACAGAAGUGUAGUGAACCACCGCUGUGUGGAUGGAUAUCACAGCUGGAGGGGCAGCAGCGUCUCGGUGUGUGGCAGCUCCGGGACGUGGCAGACAGCUACUCUGAGAUGUAUAGAAAUAAAGCCGGCUAUCAGCCAUGUUCAUUUUCUCAAUGAAAAAUGUGUGCAUUGGAAAGCAGAGAAAUAUGAAGAGGACUCAGAAGACUACAGGGUGACAUACACAGGUACCAGAGACUACCAGAGGUCUUUUCGUGAUGAAAUGAAGCAGUAUCUGAGCUCCAAGGCUGAGGAGCUGAAACUCUGUCUCCACCUGCUUCCAGCCACAAACUACAGCAUCUCCAUCACUGCACUGUCUGCCAGAUUCACAGCCUCCAUCACCACUAACACCAGUGUACCAGAGCCUCCAGUGCCGGUUGUUUACUACAGAGAAUUUGAAACUCCUGUACCAACUUUGAGGCUAACAAGAUCAGCCAACUCACUGGACCCAAUAAGUUUGUACCAAGUGUUAGUUCUUCCUGUAGAGGACAUAAUGGUGUUUGACUGCUCUUCUCCUGGAAGCACUGACCCCUUAAGCAAAAACAACUUCUCUUCCGAGUACAUUACUGCCCAGAUCCUCAUCGGACAGGUCGGGACACAGAUGGACUUUACUGUUGGGGAUGGACUCUACUAUGGAGGCUUCUACAAUGCACCCCUGAAGAAGGGCAGGACCUAUUACAUCAUCUUACGAGCCGUCAGCCAGUGGAAAACAACUUUAAAAAGUUCCUGUGUCCUGUGGGCUAAAGUGACAGGUACAUCCUAUGUCCUGAUGGUGUCUUCACUCUCUGCAGCUGCUGCAGUAGGACUGGUUGCUUUCGCCAUUUUGGUUGGAUACAGUUGCAUAUGGCUGUUCAAGAAUACAUGACCCCCCUCAACAGUGAUGAUCUGCGAAAUACAUGUCUUGAUUUUCUGCCUGUCCUUUUUUUACAUUUUAUGAAAGAUAAAUAAACUUUGCCUCUGCCUUUUUAUAA